CAAGGCUAGCGUCCGAGGAGAGCCUGCUUGCCUGUCCACCAGCCUUGCCAGCCACUCACCACCUCUUCUCUCCUCUCAGGAGCUGGCAGCAUGGAUUCCUUCAAAGUAGUGCUGGAGGGGCCAGCGCCUUGGGGCUUCCGCCUGCAAGGGGGCAAGGACUUUAACGUGCCCCUCUCCAUCUCCCGGCUCACUCCUGGAGGCAAAGCGGCGCAGGCCGGAGUGGUCGUGGGCGACUGGGUGCUGAGCAUCGACGGCGAGAACGCAGGGAGCCUCACCCACAUCGAGGCCCAGAACAAGAUCCGGGCCUGUGGGGAGCGCCUCCGCCUGGGCCUCAGCAGGGCCCAGCCGGCCCAGAGCAAGCCGCAGAAGGUAGGCAGCGGGCGGGCGCCGGGUGGCGGGCG